CUCCUCGACGACUCUCUCUUCCCUCUCCGAGGACCUGCGCUCCUCUCUCUCCGACGCCCUUCUCCUUCCACAACGCUGUCCUCCCUCCCCGCGACGACGCGCUCCUCCCUCUCCGACCACGCCCUCGUCCCUCCACGCGACGACGCCCACUUCCCUCGAUCUCUGUAGAUCUUGGAGAUUUCGUGCCGUGAUUCUCUGCUUUUUCUCACUGGAAAGGGUUUAUCUUGAUCUUCACUGGCGAUGGAGAAGACAUCUUCAAUUCUAUUCUCCGGCCUCCGAUUCGAUAAGAAGAGGUUCGCCAAUGACAUCGCUCGAUUCAAGCCAAAAGAUACAGAGAAGGAGCUGAAAUUAGAGGAAUUUGAGGCGAUUGAGUCACCGGCAGUAACCAAGAAGGAGAAGAAGCGGAAGCGGAAAGAGCAUGGCGUUGCUGAGAUUGUGGAGGCCUUCAGUGUGUUUAAGAGCUCAGAGACGGUGAAGGAAAAGGUUCAGAAAUCCAGGGAAUUAGAAGAUGAUUCUUCUCAGCUGAAGAAGGAAGUAGAGAAGCAGAUUGAGCAAGCUGCAAUUCUUCGAAAGAAGUAUGGGCUUCACAUUUCAGGUUGUAAUGUUCCAUCCCCGCUUCAAGGUUUUGCAGAAUUAAGCUCAAGGUAUGGUUGUAAAUCAUACUUAUUACGUAAUUUAGCAGAGCUUGGGUUUAAAGAACCUACACCUAUUCAAAGGCAGGCUAUUCCUGUACUCCUUUCAGGACGGGAGUGCUUUGCUUGUGCCCCAACUGGGUCUGGCAAGACGCUGGCCUUCCUUUGUCCCAUACUUAUGAAAAUUAAGCCAGGAUCCACGGAUGGAAUCAAAGCUGUAAUUCUUUGUCCUACCAGAGAAUUAGCUGCACAAACUACUAGAGAGUGCAAGAAACUGACAAAAGGAAGAAAAUUCUACACUAAAUUAAUGACUAAGGAGCUUUCUAGGUCUGGUGAUUUUGCAAAAAUACCUUGUGACGUUCUUGUGACUACUCCUCUUCGUCUGGAAUUUGCUAUACAGAAAAAGAAGAUUGAUCUGAGAAGGGUGGAUUUCCUUGUUUUGGAUGAAUCUGAUAAGCUAUUCGAGCUUGGCUUUGUGAAACAAAUAGAUUCUGUGGUCAAAGCUUGCUCAAAUCCUUCCAUAAUACGUUCUUUAUUCAGUGCAACGUUACCUGAUUCCGUUGAAGAGCUUGCACGCUCAAUUAUGCAUGAUGCUGUUCGGGUGAUUGUGGGUAGAAAGAACUCUGCAUCAGAAUUGAUUAAACAAAAACUGAUUUUUGCUGGAAGUGAAAAGGGAAAGCUGAUUGCUUUAAGACAAAGUUUUGCAGAGUCUCUGAAUCCUCCUAUAUUGCUGUUUGUCCAAAGCAAAGAAAGGGCAAAGGAGCUGUACAAGGAAUUGUCAUUUGACAACAUAAAGGCUGAUGUGAUUCAUGCUGAUCUUACUCAAGAGCAGAGAGAAAAUGCAGUUGAUAACUUCAGAGCGGGCAGGACAUGGGUUUUAAUAGCAACUGAUGUCAUUGCUCGAGGAAUGGAUUUUAAGGGUGUCAACUGCGUGAUUAAUUAUGACUUUCCUGAGUCAGCUGCAGCGUAUAUUCACCGAAUUGGUCGAUCUGGAAGAGCUGGGAGAAGCGGGGAGGCUAUAACAUUAUACACGGAAGAAGACAAGCCAUUCCUACGAAACGUAGCCAAUAUAAUGGCAGCUUCAGGGUGUGACGUUCCUUCUUGGAUUCUAGCAUUGCCCAAGCUCAGGCGCAAAAGACACCGACCUCAGAGGGAUGCAAUAUCAACCUUACCAGAAGACAAUCCAGAGUAAAAAGGGAACAUGCCAUUGAAAUGAGGGAAGAUUUCUGUGGGAAGUAUCUGACUGGUUCUGAUGAUUUCAUCUGUUGAUUAAGUUCUUGUUAGGCGUAAUUCCUAUUCCAAUGACUGGAGAGGCUGACGUUUUCAUCUCCUGGCAAUGGCAGGUGCAUGUUUAUGUUUGAGAGAAGAGAGGCUUAAAAGGUUUAAAGUUAUACGUCUAAGGUUGUUCUUCCAUAUUUAAUUUGUCAAAAAACUGUUCUGCUUGUAGAAAUUUGCACAAAAAUUGAGCAUUUUAGUAAUAUGAAGUUCUAUGAAAGCAAUGGACAUUUCAUACC